GAAAAAAAGCCGUUUUCCCCUAAUUUUCCUUUGUUAUGCUUUUUCAAGAUAAACAACUGAAUAGUUGACUGGUGGUCAGUUCUGUGACGGACUUUAUUCACGUGGAUUAAAACUUCAAGUGUUGUUUAAAACAGAGCGCGUUUAGUCACAAUUCUCGGUGAACGUCUGUGGCGCCUGCGAGUCAAGACAGAACUCAACUCCCAGCGAUCCACUAUUUUCCACUUGAAUGGUAUUGGAAAUCCGAUUUGGCAUGCACCAAGAGGAGCAGCUAAUGGCACACGUUCUCUUGUUACCGGUCAAAGAAUAAACGUGUCCUACUAUACUUUCGUUUCUACGGAUAACAUCAUGGACCUCCGAGGUCUAAGUGUCCGGCUGAUGGGCUUCAGCACUCUGGAUGUAAUGUCUCUAACACACUCUGUCAUCUAGAGGGGAUUUUAAUGUGUCUGUUUGCAUCCACCGCUAGAAGCCCCGGUUUUCGGGGAAAACCUUGACUCAACAUGCAGGGGAGGCCCGGGCAGGCCCAUCACCAGCAGCUAGGAUGCCUAUCACCCAAGAAAAUGCCCUUAGUCAUCUCUCACUGCUAAAGAACUGGCUUGGGGCUCAAGAGAAAGAUCGGAACGAAACGCAUGAGACUCUGAAGAACGCAGACAAUGGGUUUCUGUGCCAGGCUGCCAUCCGCAAGCUUGUGGAAUACAUCCAGCUAAACUUUGCGGAAGUUGAAAGCCCGCUAUUCAGAGAAGAAAUAGAUUUUGAGGUGAGGGCGGUCUGCAUGCACAAGCGUGAUGGAGAUGAGUCAGAGUUUGGGGUCAGUUUUGGAAAUAUUCCCAUUUUCGGAGACCCUGAAGGGAGGAAGAAAGGGGUCCGGAGGAGGCGGAGGAAGGGCGACAAGGGUCCUGUAUUGGAUGUUGGGUGUAUUUGGGUGACUGAAGUGAAAAAGAACAGCCCAGCAGCCCGUUGUGGAGAUAUUAAACUGCGAGAUGAACUGUUGUCACUUAACGGUCAGCUGAUGGUCGGAGUGGAUGUCACUGGAGCGAGUUAUUUGGCGGACCAGUGCUGGAAUGGAGGCUGCAUCUACUUGAUCAUGUUGCGAAGAAUCAAACGCAAAGCUCCUCUUCCUCCUUGCAAUGGCAACAGCGGGGGAAACUGUGUGGACGGGUCCACCGAGCACCGAAGUAGCGUCUCUUCUGAGACUACAGGUAGCCCCACACAAAACGGCAAACGGACUCGCAAAUUUGGCGUCAUUUCCCGCUCCUCGUUCACUCGCGACAGCAGCGACGGUAAAGAUUGCCAGGACUGUGAGCAUGAGAAUGGCUAUAGCUCUAUGGAGGCCGAGGUGACAUCGCCUGAGACAAGCACACCUCUGGACACACCAACCGAUGAUAGUCCAUUCAUCAUUCCUUCAGAGGUGAUACCCAAUCACAUGAGGGUGGGGAGCACAGCUACCCUACCCAGUCGAUCACAUGCCUCACGCCUCUCUGAAAGCUACAAGAACGAUUCAAUAAGCAGUGAACCUUCCUGUCAGCCCCGUGAGGGCAGUCGGAUCUGGAAGAUGCACAUGGUGAAGGGUCAGGACGGACUGGGUAUACAGAUCACUGGUGGUCGCGGGUCUAAACGCUCUCCUCACGGAAUCAUCGUGGCCCACGUGGAAGAGGGAGGAGCUGCACAGAGAGAUGGGCGUCUGAAGGCAGGCGAUGAGUUGCUGAUGAUAAACGGUCACUCACUGGUUGGGCUUUCACACCAGGAGGCUGUAGCCAUCCUCCGCUCUACCGCUGGAUUGGUUCAGUUGGUGGUAACCAGCAGGGAUGAAUCCGAAGUGGACUUCCACAAGUACCCGUCCACCAGCCUGCCCGACCUAGUGAGCACGUGCUCCGGUCCGGACGCCUUGCCCUCCCCCGGGGAGGAGAAGGAGAACAUGGAACCGGACGUGGAGGACGUGAGGGCCAGCAGCCUUUCGCUGCCCACCCAGGACUUGUUUACAGAUCUUGACAGGCUGGAGGAUCGUUGCAGGUUUGAGGGUCCCAAGGGAUGCUGUCGUAGCCCCACACCUAUGAAGUUCCGCAGCAGAUCCCAAGGUGGAGGGAGCCGUCUGGAGUCUGUUGGUGAAGACGAUGAGCUAAUCGUGGAAAACGGUGAUACAGGAAGUGACAUGGCAGGAAAGCCAGGACGAGGAGGACGCAAACACUCUCUUCCUCAGCAACUUGACACAGUCGGCAUCCGACAGGAAUAUCAAAUCGUGAAGAAAUCGGCACGUUCCCUGAGCACCGUUCAAGUGGAGUCUCCAUGGCGACUGGCACAGCCAUCUAUAAUAUCCAACAUUGUUCUGAUGAAAGGACAGGGCAAGGGUCUCGGGUUCAGUAUUGUUGGAGGACAGGAUUCAGCUCGUGGGAGGAUGGGUAUAUUUGUCAAGACCAUUUUCUCCAAUGGAGCAGCUGCAGCUGAUGGGAGACUGAAAGAAGGCGAUGAGAUAUUGGAGGUGAAUGGAGAGUCUCUGCAAGGCCUCACGCACCAGCAGGCCAUUCAGACGUUUAAGCAAUUAAAGAAGGGAGUCGUAACCCUAACUGUUCGGACCCGUCUGAGAAGUCCCAGUCUUACGCCCUGUCCCACGCCCACACUGCACAGCAGAUCCAGCUCUCCAAACUCAAAUGCUAGCGGUGGAACACCAGUCCCUGCAGUUUUUGAAGAUGGGGAUUCUCGUAGGGGGCCCGGUCCCAAAGAUCGCAUUAUCAUGGAGGUUACAUUAAACAAAGAGCCAGGUGUGGGGCUGGGUAUUGGUGCCUGCUGUUUAACUCUGGAAAACAGUGCUCCUGGGAUCUACAUUCACAGCUUGGCGCCAGGAUCCGUUGCCAAAAUGGAUGGCAGACUCAGUCGAGGUGACCAGCUCCUGGAGGUGGAUUCGGUGAGUCUGAGACAUGCAGCUUUGAGUGAAGCUUACGCAAUACUGAGUGAAUGUGGACCCGGCCCGGUCAGCCUCAUCAUUAGCCGACAUCCCAACCCUAAAGUGUCUGAACAAGAGAUGGAUGAAGUGAUCGCUCGCUCCACUCACAGAGAGAGUCAUUCUCCUCACACACUAGGUCUGCCGUUUAAAAGUCCAUCUCCCAGUGUUAAGUCCAGGCAGGGUGAAGGAAACCCUGCGCUCAGCUGGACCAUGAAGAGGUUUCUAGAGCCAGCCAGCAGGCAAGGCUCAUUGAGUUCAGAGGGAGAGCUCUCUCAAUAUUUCCCAGUUCAUGAUGUACCCAGCCAGUCUUCUCUCUCUGAGACCAUGGCGAUGGGAUCCAGUGAUGACGACAUGCUGCACAGCAGCAGAAGCUGUAAUACCUCUAUUGAGGAAGCAGCAGCACCUCAGCCACAUGUUUAUCGAGAUGCUUCUUAUAGAGGUUCAGAGAGUAGCCCCACAACCCCAGACUGCUGUAAAGCCCCUCCUGAAGCCGGUCGUGCCGCCGACCCACCCCCUCAAGCCAGCGUGGGAAGCAGCCCCAGUUCUGUACGCAGCCCCCUUCUCCGCCAGCGCCGGGUCAUCUGCUAUGAAGAUGAACCCAGUGACGACGAGACCGGCCUUGAAGAAGAAAGCGCCCCCUUUAGGAGUCUUCUCCAUGGUGUCUCUGAGAUUGGAAGCCACCAACAGGAAGAAGACUCAGGUAUUGUAGUAGCCACCUCAUCUCUCGAGGUCGAUGAUGAAAGCCUGGAUAGCAGCGAAAGCCACAGGCAAAUUAGCAGCGAACCGGCUACUCCGCUAUACGGCAGCUCGCUAGAAUCUGAGGAAGGAUCCAGUGGGCCACCUGGGGCUGAAUCUCCCUUCAUGACCAUUCACUGUAUGGAGCACAACACUGGGCCAGCUGGUGGAACCAACCUGGGUGUGAAAAAAGAGCCUCAUAGAGAAGGACAGGAGUUUAAACGCUCACCCAAGUUGGAGCACAAAGCUGUGACUCGUGUAAAGAGCAUGAUGAGCAUUGAGUGUCCCAACCCUCCACAAAGGGUCAAGGGUGAAGAGCCACCCUCAGUCCCGACAACCCCUGCCCAGGGUGAGCAGAACAGCACACGACCGCCUUGUAGACUGCUACACUGUAAGAAGGGGGAAUCCAGUGACCUAUCUGGGGUCUGCACCAUUGAGACCAUAGUCCUCCAGCGUGGAGAAAUUGAGUCCUUUGGUCUGGAUCUGGAGAUAAAGUCUGCUCCGAUCAGGGUGCUGGUCACAGGACUAAGACUGGGAGGUGUUGCCGAGCGGGACGCCUCAGGGAAGAUGAAUGUUGGUGACGAGAUUGUAACGAUUGGUGACACCGCCGUGUGUACAUCCACCUAUCAGGACAUCUGUGACCUCAUGCAUAACCUGCCAAUCACAUUGACCUUAGAAAUUAAAAAGCCAGUCUCGGCUGUAGAUCGACUUUCCAGCUUAAUUAUGUAUUCUGGCUGUGAGGGCUCAUCCAAAUCGGAGGAACCUAGACCACCUCCAGAAUACAGAAGCAGUAUGGACAAAACUCAGGAGGAGACCCCUCCAUUAGAAACAAAUGCAAAACAGACAGUAAUCCACAGCGACAGUGUGCCUGUCACAAACAUUGAUGAUGUCAUAACUGAACUGAACUCAGCUGAAACGAAAGAAAAAGACCAGAAUGUCACAAGUGCAAACACAGCAGUGGUGGAGGAAAACAUUUCAACAGCUGCACGAUCACAUCAAAAUCAUCAGGAUUUAUCUGCGUCAGAUGUGGGAAACAACACCUGCCAUUUUCCACCAGGAAAGACAUUUUUAAAUGGUUACUCAAGGAACCUUAGUAAAAUCGCAGAUGACAUUGACUCUGUGGGGAAAGAACAUGCAGAGAAACCAGGUAUGUACAGUCAGUUGGAGGAUAGUGACUCUGAGAGCGACUCUGCUACUGACAGUGCUGUGAAAGUGGAGAAGACUCAAGGUCACCGUGAAGAUCCACAGGACACUGAUGAGGAGGAGGUUGAGCUCUGUUUUGUAAUCGGCCAAUCCGGGGGUGAUUCUCUUCCACACAGAAACAUAAUUACAGAAGAACAGACACUCAUCAGUACUGAUCUCCACAACCCCCCUUCGCUUCCCAAGCUGGAUAAUGAUUCACACGGAAACAGUGUUUCCAAUUCAGGUGAUGCACUUUUAAAUGGAGAUACCAGAGACAUUCCCACGCAGCAGGAGGUGAUGUGUACAUCAACAGUGUCCUUAAAUUGCAAAGCUGAUGAAAAAUGUGAAACUACUCCAGAACCCGUCAAACUCUGCCAGACACCAACAGGUGUCAGUUGUCCUCGAAGCAUCCGCCAUGUCACCCCCAGGAGUCUGGAGAUGACGGCUAAGCUGCGCUCGGCUGCAUCCCUCUCCACAGAGAAACCCAACACCGUGCAUGUGCCUCUGAGGUCAACUGUGUCGGAGCCCAAGGAGUCAAAUAAGACUAAUGGCAAAUCUAGUGAGCAGGUCUCCACCACACAAGCUACAAGAGACAAAGAGAAAGUUAUACCUGACUCUAAAUCAUCCCUUACCCAAACCCAGAAUAAAUCCACCAGACCUUUGGGAACUAAAUCCUCUAAUGACAACCCUGCCUCACCCCUGCUGAGAAACAAGCUCAAACCUGAUGAUAAAAAGUCGAGCACGACUUCUAAACUCAAGGGGCUAAGUAUUAAGAGUAAAUGCAAAGAGCAAGAAAAGUCAUUCACUAGAUCGCCCAAGAUGGAAAUUCCAGCACAGAGGAAAGCCCUCAACUCGCCAAGUCAGUCUCCUAAACUUCAUCCCAGAAGAACCACACCGACAGGUAGUCCAAAAUCGAGCAGAACGUCUGAGAAGAUUAAGGAUUCUUGUAAAGUGGACCCAAGUCAUCCAAAUACAUCCAGUGCCUUGAAGGCAAAUACCAUUGUCAACAACAAACUUUUUAAAGUUACCAAGGAGGAACUGAUCUCAGAUCACAAGGAGCAAAUCUCCAAACUUGAGGAUACUGUCAGUACCACACAAAGAUCUUUCAUUGUAAGACUUUCAUCCUCUUCCUUCGCACCUUCUUUAUCACCUUCAGCAACUGUCCUGACAAACAAGGAAGUCAUGCAUGCAAGCCAUCCAAGUUCAGCUGAUCAAUUUGAGUGCGAGGAAUCUCAUUUAGGAGUACAAACAGUGGCAUUAGGCUCAACCAAUUCUUCAUCUAAUCCUCUGCAGCAAAAUGGUACUAUUAGUUCAAAUGAAACUGCUGAGAAGGUGUACUGCAAUGGUCUGGAGGAAACCCCCCUCAACAACUCAAAUAAAGAUGCUUCAUCUAGUCUCAAAGCAAGCACGUCCAAACUGUAUCUAAGAGGACUGGAACGUAGAAGCUACUCUACAGACGCUAAAGACCCAAAUCCAUUCUCAGUUCGACAAAGAAUCCAGUCCUUUGAGAACCUGGCCAGCUUUGAUGGUUCUGUCGUGAGGUGCAUAGACGUCCCAUGUUACGCUGUUAACUCCAAGCCACCUCUCAAUCGGAGGCUGUCUGGUUACACUGUAAGCGCUCAGUCCAAUGAUGGCCGUUCAUUGAGGAGGACUCUUAGUUCCUGUGUGGACAAUUUUAAUUCGGCUCCAUCUCCAUUGCAUCAGCAACAGAAUUCUUCCGCUGGUUCAUUUAUAAGCACCUAUGAAUCGACUCCUUCAAACGGUUCCACAGAGCCGGUUAUAAAGGAGAUGGGAAGAAGCAGCACCUCUCAGAACCAACCCACAGUACAUACACCACCGGUGCUGCGUUCCCGCAAUGCCCGUGCCCAUGGAGGACUGUCACGCUCGAAACUUAGAGAGAUUAGAGCGUUAAGCAUGCCUGACCUGGACAAGCUAUGUACAGAGGACUUUUCCAGUGAUUCUGGAAAGGUGAUCUUCAAGACUGAGCUGGAGAUCCACCCACGCAGGUCCGCAGAACCAACAUCACAGAAUGCAAAGUGCACCGUAGUGACCAGGGUGAGCAGUGGGGCUCUUGGUUCGACCAGCAAUGGGGAGCAACAUGAAAGCCAGAUGACGGGUCUCUCAUGCUGGUCUAUAAGUUUAAAAGAUCUUAAAUCCUCUCCCUUGGACCAAAAUAAGGUGCAAGAUGUUCUGUGUUCCCUCACAACUAAGGUGGAUGUGAUGACUCUCACACAGGACACAGAUGCUCUCUCUGAGGUUAAAGAAGACGUAUACUUUGUUAUUUUAACCAAAGAGGGUGGAUCUGGAUUGGGUUUUAGCAUCGCUGGAGGAGUGGAUCUGGAACAGAAAUCUAUCACUAUCCAUCGGGUGUUUACUCGAGGGGUGGCAGGAGUAGAAGGUACCAUUCACCGAGGCGAUCGGGUUUUGUCAAUAAACGGGACUGGCUUGAGUGGGAUGACGCACGGAGAGGCGCUGUCCUGCCUUCAUCAGACCAGACCGCCAAGACAGGCAUUAGUGGUCAUUCAGAAGGGCAAAGACACUGAACCAAUAUCACCUAGACCCGAACAUCCUCUUCAGACUCGAGUCUGUACAACUCAUGCCCAUAGAGACAGUUUCAGAGAGAAUAAAGCCAGUGUGGAGGUGGGGUCCGAUGGGGCUUUGAGUGUUGAAAUACCGAAGACUGCUGCUGGACUUGGGUUCAGUCUAGACGGAGGUAAAGCAUCGCCCCAUGGAGAUCGACCUCUUUACAUCAAACGUGUGUUCCGUGGAGGAGCUGCCGAGCAGUCCCGGGUUAUUGAUGCUGGAGAUGAACUUUUAGCCAUCAACGGCAGGUCUUUGCAAGGCCUCAUGCAUUAUGACGCCUGGAACAUCAUUAAAACAGUCUCUGAGGGCCCCGUCCAGUUGGUCAUUAAAAAACCCAGGACUUCUGUAUGACAUCUGCAUGUAUGUGAAGGUGCCAAACUGUGGUAGGCAUUUACUGUACAUAUUUAUAUUUUGCAUAGCUUUUUGCAACUUGUUUAGGAUGAAUUUGUUGCACAUUGAUUUUGUACAAAUCAAGGCUUCUGCAGCUUUGCAGUGGGGCUUAUAUGCGGGGUUAUAGUAUUUUGUAAUGUCCUUAUUUUAAACUUUGUUCUUUUUGAAAACUAUUAAAACAUAAUUGUAAAAACUAUAAGUGAUAUGUUAAUAACUGCAUCCUCGUAUAAUUUAAUUUAAUUUGUGACAGUUGUUCUACAUGCCUGCCGUACUGUCUCUGGUUAUAAGGUGAUAAUGCAAACCACUACAGAGUGUCUUCGCUCUGCCUGAUCUGAUAGAAUAGAGAUUAGUUAUUUUUAUCAAAAUCCGUGUGAAUACGUUUUUUUUUACCUGAUUAUGUUCGGACUUGGAUCUUGUCUCUGUAAUCAAAAAAAAAUUUCUGUGUUUUUACUGUUCCUUUAAUUUAUUAUUUAAUCACAAGGCUGCAAUCCAUGACUUUUGGGGUUUAAAAUAUACAAAAAAUUGUAAAAAUGAUUUCAUUAGAAGUUCAGCUAGUUUAACCUCAACUUUGACACGUGUAAAGAUAAGUACAUAACAUAUCAUGCAGUUUCAUGUUUUAGGCAGAGAUGGCACAACGGAGUUGAAGUGUGUAAUUUAUUCCAAUUGACAUGUCAGCCGCUCAGACAUACAAAGCCACAAUGUUUACACUCCCUUUAUCUUUAUAUACUUGAACUCAAUCUGAGUUUUUUUAUUAGCAUUGAAAAUGCAUGUUCACAUAUGGGGUAUGCAUUGACGUCGCUUUCUCAUGUAAACAUAUGCAUGUUUUGAGUGGGAAAACAUCCAUCAAAAUGUCACCAUUUAUUAGCAGUUUUUUUAUUUGAAAAAUUACAUUUCUGCAUUUGAUAAGGUUUGGUUGACCAUAUUUUUUUCAGCUGUGAAUCAAUCGUCAUUUUACUCCCAUCUGAGACUUUAAUGUGACUCCUCUCCCUGAUAGGAUAUACUGUAACAGUGCUGUUGUUAUUUUGUUCUUGAGUUGUCUUCUGUAAAUAUUGCAUUUCCAACAGAAAUGGCUGUAAUUUAAUUGAGCUCAGUAUUAAGCACAAGUGUGUAUAUGAAAUAAGCAAUCAUGAGUAUUUCUAUGGUCUUUCAGACUUUCUUCUAUUGUGAAUAAAGACAUCAAAUAUUUUGUA